AGGGGCGUAACCCUUUGCGCGCGAGUGUUUCAGCCGAGGUGUUAGCAUACAGCAGCAGACAUCUCUCUCUCUUUGCGCUUGUUUUCGGGGCCUGUUGGGGAACAGAGGUACUUUGAGCAACGGCAGACGACCGCCGAAAAUGGCCACAGGUCUGGGAAACUUUCCUGAGGACACUCUGGAUACAGCCACAGGAAUGUGGGCCAACAUGCUGUUCUGGGCUUUCCUACUCACGACUGUCGUCUAUGUGACUGUGGGUGUGGCCUGUGCGGUGAGCAUGCGACUCAUCAAAAAGGGGGUGAGCGUGGGGAUUCCCCUCUUCUUCCUCGUCUAUGCUGCACUCAGGGUCAUCUGUGGAGACGCCAUUGCCUGUGCAUUUGUGGCAGGGAUUUAUAUGACGCUGGGUUGGAGCAUGUCUUCUGCAGCUGCCCUUGGCUGGGGGGCGGGGCUUAGCGCUAUCUCCCUCACACUCACCACACUCACAUCACUCGUCCCUAUCUAUGCCGUUUUGUGAGGAGGAGAGGAGGGGGAGGAGGGAGAGGAGGGAGAUAAGGGUGAAUAGAAGCUGAUCAUGAAGACACCAGAUGCAGAACCACAGGUCCAGAGUCAACUGCUGCCCAUUCAUUCUCGUUAUAUCUUAGAACACUGAAUUACUAUAUAUUAUAUCGGUGACACUUUCCUUUCACCAAUCUUGUAUUGUACAUCACUUGAAAUAAAAUCUUUCUAAACAGGUUAAAUAGCAAGCACAGAGCGUACUGUACAAUUGGAACUAGUGCUUAUCACCUGAGUAAACCCCUAUUCGUUUUCGACUAGAACCACCUGUGGGUGAGUAUGGUGGUCUGGUGGUUGAGUGUUCGACCUGUCUUCUACCCCUACCCUGCUGGCUUGAAUCUGCCUCUUUCUUGUCGCCUCUCAGGUCACUGAACAGCUCCUUGAACAGACCCAGACGGGAGAGAAGCAGUUUCCACACCAGUCCCCAACCUGCACGUGGGUAGUCGUGGGUUUGUCAGUCUAGCUGCAGGAGCUCGGCAACGUACACAGUACUAUGAAGAGUAUGACUGCUGCUACUCCAAAGAGAACCAAAAACAGCCCCACCACAACCUCCAACAACACCGUCAUCUGACAGGCAAGAAUAGAAUUACACACAGGUGGGGUGCUCCAAAUGGAACUAGGAGACUUCGAGGUUGAGGUGUUGUGCUUGCGACACCGUCCACAAAGCGGAGUAUUUUUUAAAAGACGCAACUGGAGAAAGGCGACUUUCGCCCUGUCAUAUACCUCUUCCUCCAGGCAAGAAAACGAGCUCCCAUUACUCGCGGUGUGAAUAGGCGUGUACAGUGGACGGACGAGUUGCACGCUAUGGCCGACAGCGACGCCAGCAGCGAUCCAGAGGACUUGGAGUACAUCCCAGAAGGAGAUGGAGAGAGGUCGGAGAGUGAGCAGAGUGUGGCUGGGGAAGAAGAGGAGGAGGAGAAGGAGGAUAGGAGGGUGUCCACCUCCUCCAUUACCACCCGCUCCUCUCAGAGGACAUCCACGAUAACGAGGAGGACCAGUAGAAGACACCGUAGACCUGUGAAAAGCAUCACGGUCCACGAGGACAUAGAGAAGAGAGAAGGAGAAGACAGAGGAGGAGGAGGAAGAGGAGGAGAGGGGGGAGAAUAAGCAACAGGGAGAGAAGUCGAGAGUCGACGAUCUGUGGGAGUCUUUCAAGCAGGACUCCGCGGCACGACUGAGGAAACCAGAGCAAGUGAAAAACAGCGACCAGACACCUUCUGAUACCUCCAAGGAGAAGGGUCCAACGGCAAAGACGGUGAAGGUUCGGAAAACUUACGACUUUGCCGGAGACGAAGUUGUAGUGGAGCAAGAGGUGUCAGCAGACUCUGUGGAGGCAAAGCAGUUUGUGUCCGAACAGGACAUAACCUCUGCCACUACCACUGCCACAGUUUCAGACCCUCAACCCACCUCCUCCUCCUCCUCCACCUCUUCCACUGCAGUGACAGGAGUCGGGGCAUCCAGCACUGGAACUGCCUCUGGACCACUUCCUUCUGGGAAGAAGAGGUCAGGAAUCAGUUCUGUUCUACAGUCACUUGCCAAGAAACCCAAGAUGAGCACCUUGGAGAAGUCCCAGUUGGACUGGAACAGAUUCAAAGCGGAAGAAGGUCUGGAGCACGAGCUGACUCAACAACGAAAAGAUGGGUACCUGGAGAAACAGGAGUUCCUACAGAGGACAGACUGGAGACAGUACGAGCUGGAGAGGGAAGAGAGACUCAAGAAGUUUAACAGACUUCACUAGACAAACAAUGGGCUAUUACACAAUUAGAACACCAAGCCUUUCAAUCACAGAACAAACAAACCAGUCAGAACCUCAAAAUUUUUUGCUUCCAAUUUUUUGACACCAUGGAACGAGAAAUUUUCACAGACGUAACUUCACUUGAACUGGUCAUCAAUUCGUUUUCUUUUGUACGCAACCACAAAAUUUGCUGCAUCAGUGCAUAAAUUUCCCCCCAUUAUGUAUAAUACAAUGACAUUUUCACAGAUACAGUAUUAUCAGGAGUGAUGAAAUGAUAGAUACAUACACAGAGACCUCGAGGAAAGGUAGCGGAAGAAAAAGGUACAAAAGAAUUGAAUCCCAAAAACCACGUCCUACUCUAAUCAAACAAGUAUUGCUAUAAUAUUAUUGCACACUGCGUUAGACGCCAUUAACACUACCCUAUGUAUUGCCUGUACACGGCUAUGUACACAAACAAAAGAGUGGUCCUAUAAAUAAUUAUGAAGUCUGCUAGUAAAUAAAAGAGCUAACUACAGAAACUGCGAAACAAAUUGCACGUGUAGUGAUGUGAGGC